CCUCACACGUCAUCUCCCGGUGGUGGCGGUUCUUCAAUUGCCGACCAGAUUCCCCUAACCACAUACAAUGCCACAAUGCUUAUCGUCCAGCCCUCAACCCGGCACUAAUAUGCAGUCCAACAAGACGCAUGACGGUUUGAUUCGAGUUAACAUCCGCGCCUAGAACAGACAGACACGGCGCGUGGUCUACGAGACUGUGUUUCCAAAAGCCCCAAAUCGAGGGAUUUCCCCGUAUCAGAGUAGGGAAGGACAAGCGUAUCCCUUUCAGGCUAAAUGCAACAACCCAGAUUUACCAGAAGCUAGUAUGGCUCAGCCCCAGUUCUUCGCUCAUGGACAAAUCAAUGCUGCUGUUCCAGAUCCAUUCCAUGAACGAUCAAAGACCCUGCCCCUCGUCCAUCAACCGGUCUGAUGUUGUGUUGGAGAAGACUGCCCCACCAUGGUGUACAGGUUCCUGAAAGUCUCAUCGAUGCCACCGGAAAAUAACUGGAAAAUACCUUCAAAAGCAUUUAUCUAACGGCGGGCCCGCCGCUUCGCUGAUUAUUCUGCAUUCCUCUCUCGAUUCUCCUGCAUGUCCUACUGUCGUCUGUUGACCAGAACAUCGAGACCUUGUAUAUCGUCCUCAUUCCUGUCCUCUCGAAUCCAAAGACCCUCAAUCCUCCUCCGCACCAUGACGACCGCUCAAGAGGGCAAAGGCACAAAGACCUUUUUCACCUUAAACACUGGCGAUAAAAUUCCUGGUGUUGGUUUGGGAACAUGGCAAUCUAAACCGGAUGAAGUUCGUGUCGCUGUGCGAGACGCUCUUCUGGCUGGAUACCGUCACAUUGACACCGCUCUAGCCUAUGGCAACGAGGCCGAGGUUGGUCAAGGCAUCAUUGAUUCUGGAGUGCCUCGAAGUGAAAUUUGGAUCACCACUAAACUCGACAACCCAUGGCACAAGCGCGUCGAGGAGGGCAUUGCCUCCUCAUUGAAGGAUCUCCAAACAGAUUAUGUUGAUUUGUACCUCAUGCACUGGCCUAGCUCCUCCGUGCCGGAGGACUUGAUGAAACAUUAUGACGACUGGACUUUCAUUGACACAUGGCGCGAGAUGCAGAAGCUCGUCGGCACCGGAAAGGUUCGAAACAUUGGUGUUUCCAACUUUGUCAUUUCCAACCUCGAGAAGCUCCUCAAAGCCGAAUCGACAACGAUCGUUCCAGCAGUCAACCAGAUCGAACUCCACCCCAACAUGCCCUCUCCAAAGACAAUCGCGUUCUGCAAAGAGAAGGGUAUCCACGUCACGGCAUACUCGUGCUUGGGCUCCACCGACUCACCACUCGCGGGUGACAAGACUUUGGGCAAGAUCGCAGAGGCACAUGGCAAGACACCUCAACAAGUUCUCCUGCAAUGGGGCUUGCAGCGAGGCACCUCGGUCAUCCCCAAGAGCGUGACCAAAUCCAGGAUUGAGGCCAAUUUCCAAUUGGACGGAUGGGAGUUGACUCCAGAAGAGGUGGAGACACUCAGCAGCAUUAAAGAUCGAUUCAAGGUCUGCGGAGAUUCGUGGCUCCCAGUGAGAGUCUUCUUUAACGAGGAAGGUGAUGGCGGUGAUGUUCCCAGCCAUUAAGCAUCUGGAAAGAGGAAGGAUUCUACUGGUAUCAUGCGGCUCUUGCAACCCUCUCCAGAAUUUCAAUCGAAAGACUGAUGUUGUACGUUGAUGAUGGAUGCCAUCUGGGCGUAAGCCUCGUUGCGCGUCUCGCCUCGCAAUCUGUGGAUAGGAGGGAAGGGACUCGAGCGUGAACUGAAGGGUUGCUCACGUGGGGGCCAUCAAGGACGCGUGGAACUCCCCCAACUGUCGAUACCACCGACCAUGUUAAACAAGUUAUGUAGCUUACUUGCUGAACAUAGACCUACCAGACAAAGCGAUCUCCAGAGGUGCUACGAUCCUUGACGAUUGUGCUCUGUUACCACCAUUCCAUUGCAGGUGUAUCAUAUAGCCUACUUGUACCGAGUUGUUGGGGGGGAUUUGACAAAAGACGCAGACAUCCAGACAUUGUUAUUAUUAUUUUAUUAAUUACCACGUUUUCAGC